CUGGUGCGCUCUGCAGGCUCCACGCUCCCAUCCAGUCCUGCUCGCUCGCGCUCACACACAGACUCACUCUCUCAGCACCGCGGCGGCGGCGGCGGAGAAGUUUCCCGCGCAAACAACUGGCACGCGCGAGCAUCGCCUGUUGCUACAGCACAGAGGAGCGACACUGAAAACUUGAACUCUUAGAACCGUCCUCCAUCCUUGAGUUUCUCCUCCUCUCUCACACUCCUGGAUUCAAACAUGGAUUCCAACCUGGUGGAAAUACUUAAAGGAGACAAGUGCCUUUCCACAAACGACUGUGAGUUUAACUCUUCCCUACCUGGAGACCCUGAGCUCAGGAACCUGACCCCCAGCCCUGGCUGGAACCAAGAGUCCGAGCCCCUGUCCUUCCUCAGCCCAGCCAUCACAGCCGUCUACUCUGUGGUGUUUGUGGUUGGACUGGUGGGAAACUGUCUCGUCAUGUAUGUCAUUAUCAGAUACACCAAAAUGAAGACUGCGACCAACAUCUACAUCUUCAACUUGGCCUUGGCUGAUGCUCUGGUUACCACCACAAUGCCGUUUCAAAGUGCAGACUAUCUGCUGAACACCUGGCCAUUUGGUGAAGUUGUAUGCAAGGUCUUCAUCUCUAUCGACUACUACAACAUGUUCACCAGUAUUUUCACACUAACCAUGAUGAGUGUCGAUCGUUAUGUGGCCGUGUGUCAUCCAGUCAAAGCGCUGGACUUCCGUACUCCACUCAUGGCAAAAUGCAUUAACGUGGGUAUCUGGGUGCUCUCUUCAGCUGCGGGAGUGCCAGCCAUGGUGCUGGGAAGCACACAGACCAAUAAUGGCACCACAGAGUGUGCCCUGCAGUUCCCUGAACCGUACGAGUACUGGGACACCCUGAUGAAGAUCUGUGUCUUCGUCUUUGGUUUUGUCAUCCCUGUCCUCAUCAUCAGCGUCUGCUACUCCCUCAUGCUCCUGCGCCUCCGCAGUGUCCGCUUGCUUUCUGGUUCCAGAGAGAAAGACCGCAACCUUCGCCGCAUCACGCGCUUGGUGCUGGUGGUUGUGGCAGCUUUCAUCAUCUGCUGGACUCCCAUUCAUAUCUUCAUUUUGCUCAAAGCUAUAGUGUCCAUUCCUGAGACCACGGCCGUGAUGGCUGCAUACUUUCUCUGUGUUGCUCUUGGAUACACCAACAGCAGCCUCAACCCCAUUCUCUACGCAUUUCUGGACGAGAAUUUUAAGCGUUGCUUUAAGGACUUCUGCCUGCCGACGAGGGGAAGGGGGGAUAGGGGUCUGGUUGGGAACAGGGGAGGGAGGAGUGCGUGCAGGCAGCUCCCACAGGCUGCAGAGAGCCCCCCAAGGACAGCAAAGCCAGCAUGACUAGGCAUGGAACUGUCCUCCAUCACACAGACUGGGAAGGAGGACUCAAACACUCUUGGACUGACGCAGGUGUCGUCAGCCCUCUGACCACAGUGCAGCCGCCAGACGAUAUUGGUGUGACUGACUAGGAAAACCUUCCGUCUCUCAUGAGAAUUGUGCGAGACAUGUUACCUAACAUUAGAUUCAGACUAGUGUAAUGGUGACAGAAGGAGAUGAAGUCUGGUGAGAAUUCUAUCUGGGGCUGUCAGUAUUGGUUUCGCUUUUUUUGUAAACGUACUGCAUAUUUACAUGUCUUUUGUCACUGUUAUAUAAAAUCUGAAAACAUCAUUAUUUUUUGCUCCAUUUGAUAACAGAAGCUCCCUUUUUUACACUGUGUGAAAAAUUUCAUGAUUACAGACCACUAGAGCAAACUUGUGAAGAAUCAGGAGAUAAAAGAUUUUCGUAUGACAGUGACAAUGUAAAUCUCUGAUCUCACAACACAAUUAUAUUUCCUUAGAUAAUAAAUGAAAUCUCAAAUGUUUAUAAAUGAAAUCUCAAAUGGCAACAUAUUCAGAAUGUUUUAAAUCCUAUAUAAUGGAGUUUAAUUAUUUAUGUUUUAUUUUAUAUUUUUUUACCCACUUUUCCCAGCAAAAUCUUUUGAGUUUGUUGAUUUUCUUAGUCCAUCUUGCAUCUAGUCUGUUUUAAGAUGUACCCAGAGAUUUUAAUGAUGUCUAAGCCAGGAGAAUGCCAGGAGCAGUGAUUAAAAAAAAAUAUGGAUAGGUCUAGGCCUCUUCUGGCUGGUAACAGUAUGAUGUGAAGCUUUGUCCCCAUCCCCAUAUGUUUUAAUAACAAAACAUCUCUUUUAUCUACUCUAAACUCCUUUAAACAAAUCUUCAGCAUCUAAUUCCAGCAGUUAUAUCUUCCUAGGAUUUCCCUAUGUAUAUUUUGUCCCUUAAAAAAUAGAUUUUAAAGUUAUUCUGUUGUAUUGUAGAUAUAGUUUAAUAACACACUUGUCAGCACUUCAUUUCCAGUUCUACUUAGGAAUUAAGUGAUUCAUAGCCUUGGCUGGAAAAGACCACCUUCAGAACCUGUAUUGUGCACUUCUUAGCUGAGUUGUAGUGGAACUUACAUCAGCUGCACUUUUACUGUUAAAAACAAAAAAACACACAAAAAUGACCCUUACCAGACCUGGUGUAAAAAUCCACUAUGAGUAGGUGAGUCUGUCUCCACAUCUGGUCUCCACUGCUUGGGUGGCACAUUUGACAACAAAGUAGACAACAAAGAUAUGUUGGGCUUGGAACUACAAUGUCCAUUGUUUUACAGUCAUUUCAGCUUGUUAUUUUCCUGAUUGUUUGGUUACUUGUUGAUUUGCUUCCAGAAUUGAUUAUUAUUUAAUGAAAUCCAUUUUAUCAUCUACCUGUGAAGUGUAUUUUGGUGCCUCUAGAUGUCACACAAGCACAAAGCAGAAUACAUCCACUCCCAAGAUUAACGUGAUAGUGAAUUUUGUCAAAUAUACCAGAUCUACAGCCAACUGCUUAGAGAAGCACAUGGUUGUUGAGUUUUAGCACAAGGUUUAAUAUCAGCUGACAAUUGUUGAUCAACAAGUCAACUAAGCACUAAUAUGAGUUAUUUCAGCUCUGAGACUUGUCCAUAUUUUGUGUACUAUUCUGAGGUCUUCUUAAGUUCAAAACAAAAAAAUGAGCACAUAUUUUAUUGAAUAUUAUUUUCCAUUUGAUCCUUAUGGAUUCCGGAAUCUCUGUGGUUAAAUCACUUUUUUACACCAUUAAUUUCUUUUAAUUGUUUCUGCGUUGCUGUUUCUGGAGACCUUGACCUUGAGUUACCUCUAAACAUAUAAGUCAAUCCAGCCCUUUGGCUUCUCAUUUAUUUCCAUUCAGAGACUCACUGAAGCAUACGUGUAUCAUUAGGUGAUUUAUUGAUGUGGUUUGGGGGAAAGGGUUUUGCAUUCUGAACACCUAUACGUUUUACCCUUUACAUAUUUUCCAAUAAAUUGAUGAGUCUGGUGUAAGUUUCGUUUAAAGUGUUGAACUGUUAUAAUGUAUUUCUCAGGGAUUGUAAGUUGUUUUCUAAUCAACAUAAAUGCCUUUGUGUAUUGUCUUUCUGUUAGCUGUGGUGGAUUCUAUUGUUAAUUGAUUUUCUCCUAUAACUGUAACUCUUACUAUAAGGGUCGCCAAGUCGCUUUCAGAAUCCUGGCAAUCAUAUAAGUUGAAUGUCUUGUGUUUUGUUUGGGGUUUACUGAUGUACUCAUCGGCAUAUAUCUAUAAUCUCCCUUUUUACAUCUGUUUUUAAGCAGGAAUUUCUGUCUAUCAGUUUUCUGAUAUAUGAAGAAUUCAUUUGCAAAACAGAUAUGUGUUAUCCUUUAAACAUUCAUUUAUCUGUUUUUGUAAAUUAACUCUUCAUGUAUAACUGUAGGUGUAUUAGCAAUGUGUGUGUAUGUGGUUAUAUUGCAGUCCUGCACUGUUUCUGUCUUUCUGUAUUAUAUACAGAUAUAAGUGCACUUUAAAGGCCAGGAUCUAUGACCCCUCCAGCAUAGUUUUGCCGAUAACAGAAAGCACAACAUGCAUCAAAGCACAUACUGGACAUUAAUAUUUUUUAACAGUAAACUGGUAAUCACUGACCCCUGAUAAGCUCAUUAUUUUUCAAUACAAGUAAUUCUGUGAUUGGGUGACAGGUUUCAGAUUAUUGAGGCUCAGUUUGGGGUAGUAUUUAGAGCUGCUUAAUGUACAGGGUCCUGUAUAGUGUUUCUGGAAUAGGCGCAUAUAAGUUAAAUAUGUGUAUCCUUGAUUAACUAACAUAGGAAAUCAAUGUUUAUGGUUUAAGACCUAUUUUUGAAAAAGAGAUAUAUGGGUCAAUGACCAUUUAAAGAUUUUACGUAGUUCAUGUAAAGGUUAAUUCCCCAUCUAAAGAUUUUUCAAAGUCUCUUUUACAACCCUAAAUCAUAAGAAGCAAAUAAAAAAAAUGGUUUUAAAAAAAAUCUUAUUCAAUUGCAGAUAGUAUUAACCCAAGAUAUUUCAAAUUUCAUUUGUUAAUAUACAUCCAUUUUUGCAUUUCUGUCGAGCAACAUGUUCCAAAAGACAAAUGUAAAAGACAGUGUAACAUUUACUACUUUGUAAUGUAGCCCUUUCUUAUCAUAGAACUUAAAAUAUAUUUUAGGAGCAAGGAUACUAAGAGAGAAAGUGUUUCAGGAGUUCUUUGUCCCAUUCUUCUGUAAGAUAUGAAACAAUAUGCGGUGUUUAUAGCACUUUUCAUUUUAAAAUUCUUCACACAUUGUUUAUUGUGGGUGGGUCAGGAUUGCUGGCUGGACAGUCUGGUUCUGUGUUUAUUAUAGAUCACACAGCAACUUCUUCCAAAAUACUGAUUCUUUUGACAAAUAUAUGUUUCCACUGUGUGAUGGUCAAUCAGAUAUGCCAAAAGUGUCAAAAAUAUUAACACAAAUUAAAAAAUAUUAAGUAGAAGUAUAGAUACCAGGGUUUAAUUUAAAAAGGGUAUUAACCAAACUAAAAGUGUAAAAGUACUGGUUUCAUAAAAGUAAAAGUAAUGUAAGGAGAAAAAACAUCCAUUAAGGAGAAAAGCUUAGGCUGCCCCACAUGAGCCUGUAGUGCACUAGUAGCCUUCCCAAUGCACAUUUUUCUAAAAGUCAUAAUGACAAUAAUGUUAUAUUUUAAAUGUUAAUACUGAUAUAUUUGAGAUGCACUAGGCUGCCUGUUUCAGCUACAUAUAUGCAAAAUGGCAGCAAUUCCAUAUUUUGGUGCUUGACAAAGGUUUGCUUAAGUAAUCGUAUUGCCUAUGUCAUUUAAUCAACAUAACAGCCAUUAUAAUUACAGAUAUUAAUUGUUGGAAAUCACUUUUUUUUUGCUUCUCGUCCAACUUUUUUUUGGAAUUUAUCGCUAGUAAAAAUGCAUGGUCUAAAAGUUACCAGACAUAAAAUAUCAAACAUGAAAUAUCUUGGAUUUAUUCUGUCUUUAAUGAAACAUAAAUGUAAGGAACUCUGCAUUUUAAUUUGCAUUUUCCAUACUGUCUCAACUCCUCUAUGGGUUCCUCUAUGGAAUCACUCAAAAUGAACCCUUGAUUUUUUUAAAAGAUGGACUCCAAGCUUGAUGGUUUAUAUAUGAUAACCAGUAAGAGAAAGGUCUGAUUUGUGAUGUCAUAAAUGUCAGUAAAUUUAAAUAUAACUACCUAUUCAGCAAACGCAAUGGCAUUCACAGUAAAAUCUCUUUUUAAUCAGGACAGCCAAUGUACAGGCAAAUCAGAAUGGAUGCCAUGUUUUCUAUAAAGACACAGUGAGAAAUAAUGCCUAAAAUAGAGGUAACAUCAUAAAAUACAAAAACAUAUAAUAAAAAUAUAAUAUAAAAAAAUCCUAUAAAAUAUAUGUUUUAAUAUGAUAUUUGUUAUAUUAUAUUUAUAUUUUAUCUUAUAUUAUAUUUUAUUACAUAAACCUAUACAAAUGUUGUAAAUGGACAUCAUGGGGAAAAUAUAAAGAAAAAAUGUAUAGUAUUAUGUGCAAUUUAAACUUCCAUACAGUGCAAACCAGUUUUAACAAUUAUGUCAUUACCUUAAUUAUCAUCCAUUAAAUAAUUAUCACAUAAUCCACAUAAUUAUCAGAAUUAUCACGGUUAGCUUAAAGCUAUUUUUGGCCUGAUGCUGGAGGGUGAGAGUGAGAAAUGAGUCAGACGGGCUUGUGUGUGGAUUUACUGCUUGUGGUUAAGAGCAUGUGUGUGUGUGUUGAUGGACGGGUCCACACUGGAGAAAGGAGCAAGCCGGCAUCAUCUGUGAUUGUUUUUGUAAAUCCUGACCUGAAUGUUUUCAAAUUUGGCAGAGGGCUUAAUCUCGACAUGCUGGAAAUCUCCGGGUCGAGCAACAUUACAUAAUGUCACAGAACGUGUGACAUCACUGAAAUUAGAAAGUAGAUUACAAGCUGCGGAUUAGCGGACAGUGACUUCAUUUGCGUUGUUUUGUCUUCGUACUGCAGCAGAUUGGAUUUUGACUGUGAGGUCAAGAGGGGAAUUCCAUCGAGUUUUCAAAAUUGCUGUGUAAUUCAGUUGUUGAGAUUUGAGACGGUCGUUUGUGUGAUUUGAUGGAGCACUGCAGAGAAACUUACUGACUGAUAUUUUUACAGUAGUGAUAAUGGCAAAUAGAAGACAAAAUGUCUACGGUAAAAAAACCUUAUAUCUUAAAAAAUGCAUAAGAAAUCUCUUGAAAAAUAAAUGCGUAGUUUUGACAAUGUAAAAAUAACUGCAGACUGAAAUUUUGCAUGACAUCAGCUAUGUUUUAUUACAAAACCAUAAAAUCAUUGUAAAAUAAUAUAUUGGGAACAGUUAUUUCUUUACCUCAAACCACUCAAAAUAAAAUAAUGCAUACAUUUAGAAAAAAAUAUGGAAUUCUUUUUUUAUGAGAAUAAUUUAUUUUGAGUGUAUUUAAUUUAAUUUAACGAUAACUGAGGUUCUAAACUUUGUGACCGUAUAUUUAUUAUUUCACUGUUUCAAUCCAAUGUGCUGCAGUUCUCAAAACAACAGUGUGAAAACAACAGUGUAUCCAAAUAAUUCUCAAUGCAUUUUUCACUGUAUAUUAUUAUUGUCUGCAUUCCUGUGAAUAGCAUAUACAGCACAAAAACAUAUUUAUUGUACUUCCAGCAUGUAAAUAACAGUGUAUUAUUUGUUCUCUGCUGGGCAUUAUGAUUAUUGUAGUGUACUUGUAUUUUCUUUUCUUUCUUGUGCUCGGUCGGAAUGUGUUAAUAUGCUUUAUGUGACAUUGAAGUCCAUUUGAGACUGAAUACAUCAUUACCAGCUGAUUUGUAUUUCAGCUCCUGCUUAAACUACAAUCUGAAUGAGCCCUUGUGCUGUUCUAACAUGAAUGUAUUAGCAGCAGGUUGUUUAUUUAAGUAGGCUGUUUACAUUUAUUAACAUUUAUUUUUGUACUAUAAGAUAACCACAGUUUAGCAGCUGAAAAUUCCAAUAUUGAAUUGUAUCCUUGUAUAAUUCUAUCAGAUACUUUGAGUUUUAUCAGCAAGGUAUUUCUCUAGAUAUUUCUAAUGCAAACUGAAUUAAGUAAAGUCAAACUAGCCAAAAUAUUGUUUUUAAUCAUUUCUAAAUUGUAGAUUAAUAUUGAAGACAUUUUUAUUUAUAGUUUUGAGUUUAUCAUCAUCUUUAUUAAUCUACAAUUUAAAAACUAAAUUGAAUGACAAUUUGUCCAAUGUCCAGAUAUAGCUGGUACAUUUAAAUGACUGGUAUAUGUAUAAAUAAACAGAUAAAACUGGCCACGCAAAAGGUAAUUUUUCUUUUUAUAAUCUCUAGCCUUAAUGUAAAUGAUUCUAUAAAUAUCUGUUUUCUUUCAGUUAUUGCUUGUGCUUUUCAGGCCUUAUAUCUCCUUUAUUUGUAAUGAGAGAAUUUAUUUAUGCUACAAUAAGAAGCAACAUUACAAUUAGAAAUAUAUUUGUCUUUUUGUAAUGUAUCUUUUUUGUUGGGAUAUAUAUGUGCAUUUUGUGUGUAAUGCAUAGUGUAACGGGGGGAUGACAAGGAAAUUAAUAUGUGUGAGUGUGUGUGUUCUCACACUAACAUACAGCGUUGGUGUAUCUGUGCUGUAAAAAGACAUUGUUUCUAUUACUGACAAGAUCGGCUGUCUAACAUUCAUUUCUGCAGUUAAAAAUGCUGUUGCAUGAAAUUAACUCUUGUCCUUGUGUAAAACGAUCUGCCUGAGAAUCUCCUACCUGAAAAUAAAAGUAAAUAACCACUA